AUGGCCGGAUCCGCUCGACCCCUCUUCGCUUUCCUCCUCUUCUUCUUCCUCUGUGCCCUCACCUUUCCUCGUAACCGCGCCGCCGCGGCGCCGCCUCUCUGCCCCCGUUCGGACCUGGCCUUCCUCGACGGCAUCGAAUCUCAAUGCCCUCUUUGGAUCGAGCUGUCUUCGCCUCAGGAGGUGAGUGGAGAGACAUUUGAGAGAGAGCUAUCUGGCAAGCAAAGUUCUUAUUACUCUAUCCUUUUCUAUGCAUCGUGGUGCCCGUUCUCAUCCAAUACUCGACCUAUGUUUGAUGCUCUUAGUUCCAUGUUUCCUCAAAUAAAACAUUUAUUAGUUGAAGAAUCAUCAGUCAUGCCAAGUGUCCUCUCAAGAAAUGGUAUUCACAGCUUUCCAGCUGUAAUGCUGAUCAAUGGGACAACAAGGGUUCAAUAUCAUGGCUCAAGGGAUUUGACUUCCCUGGUCCAAUUCUACAAGAAAAAUACAGGUUUGAAUCCAGUCAUAUAUCUGGAGAUUGAACAGUUCAGUUCAGAACGCGUGAGGUCCCAUGUUGGCUUCAACUCCAGUGAUAUUUUGUGCAUCUGCUUGGGGAACGUGUUUGUUGGAAACACAGAUUGGUCUGAUGGGAUGGAGACGGGGCGGGGCACCAAGGCAUUGUAA